AUGGAAGUGAUGGAUAAUUGGGUGCUCGAGUUCUUCCUUCGUCGCCAACAAAAUCCUAGGGUUUACGCUACUGCCCUCUUUUCGUCUCUGCAACCAGACAACUCUGUAAAUCUCAAGAUCACCGCCGUUUUGCGAGACUUGUCGAACUCCUUGAAUCGAGGUAAUGUCGACGAAGAACUGCUCGAUCUCCUCGAGAUUCUCGAGAAACUCCAGGAAGGUUCUGUAAUCAUGGGGUCUCUCAAGUCUGCUUAUUGCUUGACUGCUGUUGAAUGCACGGUUAGGUUCAUGUGGCCAGUGUCUGCUUCUGAUGGAUUACUAAGCGAUGCUCUUGAGAGGAUUUGGAAGAAACGGAUUGGGUUAUUAAAGGAGAAGGAGAGUCGUCUUGUGACUUGUGAGUUGUUGAAAUGGGAGAGUGAUCUAAACAAGGCGUUUGAGGAACCUGAGAAGUAUCAGGAGAUUCGUGAGACUAACAUUAGGUACGAUGCUAUCUCUCAUCUUAAUCAGCUUCUCAAAGAGCAGUGGGUACUAUUUGGAUGCUCCUCUCUUGAAUCAGAAGCUCGAAGGAGGCUUCUUAAGCGCAAGGAUCCGAAUGAUGCCCCGAAAAGAGGUGAGAAUUGUGGUAGAGUAGGUGACAAGAAUCUUGAUAGGGUUGAUGAUAAGGUGAAUGAACAAGAAGAAGAACAUGAGACAAGUCUUGAUAAGGGAGACAUAACAGUGGCUCGAGAGCUUAAAGAUUUUUUGAUAGAGAUUCAAGGAGUGUUGGACCCUUCGACUAGGCAAGUGCAAGAAACCAACCAUGCAAUUGACGUCUCUCAUGAGCCAGAUGGAGCAAUUAGGACUGAAACAAGAGGAGGUCAAGAGCAUAAUGGAGGAGAAGAAGAUAGUCCGGGAACGUCAUCGUCUCGGAGAGUUCGGCCUCGUCUACCAACCCCGGAACCUCUGAAUGUAUCACCGUUGAAGAAAGUUGAACCGCGUCUGAGAAGGCCAGUGAAAUUCUGGACGAAUGAAGAAGUGGAAGUUCUGAGGGAAGGAGUGAAACAGCAUGGAAAAUCAUGGAAAUUCAUAAAGGAUUCAAAUCCUGUUGUAUUGGCUGAUAGGACUGAGGUGGAUUUGAAGGAUAAGUGGAGGAAUUUGACGAAAUGA